ACAAAUCUUGAACUAGAGAAAAAUUUCGAAACAGCUAAAUCCAAGGCAUUUGGUGACUAUAUUGACACAAAAUUUCAUGGUACCUCAAACGAAGCUUUGCGAAAUAUUGUUAGAAAAGGCUUCAAAAUGCCUCCAGCUAAGCCCAGACUACCAAAUAAACCUGGAAUGUUUGGUCAAGGAAUCUACUUUGCAACAGAUUCUUCGAAAAGUGCUCAAGAUAUCUACACAAAAGGUUCACAGACGUUGCUCCUGUGUCAGGUCAUUCUUGGAAAGUCAUUGACAGUGAAAGAAGCGGAUUAUACAUUAAACAAGAAAAAACUGAGAUCCCAAAACUGUGACUCCGUGUACGCCCCACGUGGAACAGCUGUGAUGAAUGACGAAUUUGUUAUUUUUGAUCCAGAUCAAGCUCUUCCACAAUACAUCGUUCACUAUUCUAUUAGCAAAGAUGUCCUCCCUCCAUCACCUUCAAUCCAUACCACAGAGUCGUUCAGCAUAAAAAAGAUGUAUCCAAGUAGAGAGGUGAAUUUUCAAGAUCCAUUUGAGAUGGCAAAUUGGCAGUUGUCCUUUGCAAAGCUACAGGCGUAUGGAAAAGAGAAUUAUUUCUCGGAAUAUCCCAGGAUCAGCUUAGGUUAUGGAAAGGGUCUUCUUUUGUGUCGUGUUCUUCCUGGAAAGGAAUUUGUCGACGCUACUGGCAUUGAUAUACCAGUAGGAUAUAAUUCCAAGAAAGUGUUAAGUAACCAAACUGGGACAGCAAAAGCAAACGCCAGUGGGGAGAUGAUAAUUAUUAAAGAUUCGAAUAAUAUGUUGCCAUUUUUCGUAAUUUAUCGCUAAUAUCACAAUUAUAGCGCAAAAAAGAACGAAAUAUGCGGUAAAACAAAUACGCGAUAUGUGUAAAGCACUUUUCAUUUGGAAGACUUUAAUAAUAUUUAAUCACUGAUUAAAUAUUAUACGAUUUUUAAAAUAACAAAUUAUGUUUUAACAAGUUAUGGAUAGGAAACAAUAAUUGGUGAUUUUCAUAACUGAGGAAUAUGUAAUUCAAAAUAAACAAUUAUUAAACAAAUUUUCAUAAUA